CACCGGAUCAGAGUCGGGUGCAGUUUCACUAGAGGAGGAAGCGGAGUUUCCGGCUGUCGAGAACCCGGAGCUAAACGACACCGGCUCGGGAGGGACACCGGUCCUCGCUUCGGUAGUUUUAUCCCAGCAAAACAGGGGGCUCGGGGAGUAGUUUUUUUUUUUUUUUUUUUAAAUUAGGAACAAGGACCCACAAGGCGUUCAGAAGGCGGGGGGUGAGCCACUAUCCACCGGCAUGGCCAGGGACUACGACUACCUCUUCAAGCUGCUCAUCAUCGGGGACAGCGGAGUGGGGAAGAGCAGUCUCCUGCUUCGAUUUGCAGACAACACGUUUUCAGGUAGUUAUAUCACCACAAUCGGUGUGGACUUCAAGAUCCGGACGGUGGAGAUCAACGGGGAGAAGGUGAAGUUACAGAUCUGGGAUACAGCCGGACAGGAGCGCUUUCGCACAAUCACAUCCACGUACUACAGAGGCACACACGGGGUCAUAGUAGUGUACGACGUCACAAGCGCUGAGUCCUUUGUCAACGUCAAACGAUGGUUACAUGAAAUCAACCAGAACUGUGAUGAUGUCUGCCGAAUAUUAGUGGGAAACAAAAACGAUGACCCCAACUCCAAGGUGGUCGAGACAACUGAUGCACAGAAGUUUGCUGAACAAAUGGGCAUCAACCUUUUUGAGACGAGCGCAAAAGAAAACAUUAAUGUUGAAGAGAUGUUCAACUGCAUCACAGAGCUGGUGCUCCGAGCCAAGAAGGAGGUGAUGGCCAAGCAGCAGCAGCAGCAACAGAACGACGUGGUCAAACUCACUCGGAACAGUAAACGGAAGAAAAAGUGCUGCUAGCAACGUACACGCCAUCAUUUCUUCACGCUCGUACACACACAGGAUGGGACUCAACGUCUAAAUUCAAGAGCAGAUCAAGAUUUAAUAAAAUAUACGCUAAAGAUUCCAACAAAACAUGGAAAAGUAAUUGUCCCCUUUGGACAAAGUAAUCAUGAAGAAAUAUAUGUACAGAUUUUAUUCUUUAAAAACGUCCGAUCAAGUCUUAUUUGGGCUGUAAAGUGAGGAUGUGCAUACUGACAAGUGACUGCCAUCUAACUCAUCUUCUCAUCCUUCCUCCUCACUGCACGGGACUUUCAGCGCUGGAGGAGAAGGGGAUUUAUUUUUUCUACUUUGAUUUUGGAGGAAGGUUGUUGGGGGGGGGGGGGUUCCACUUCUGCACUGGUCAGCAUCACCACAGCUCACGCCAAGAAAGCAAUCAAAAGUAGGAUUUUUUUUCCAACACAAAAAUGCUCGAUGACUUCAGCAACCAACAUUCAUUUUUUUUUUUUACGUUUCUCGCCUCUUAUUUUGCCAAGCGUCAGACUUCUUGCCCCCUCUAACUUGCAGUCGUGCUGAGCCAACAACGUUUUUGUUUCUUUUUUUUUUUUUGAAGCAAUAGCUCUGACAGCACAGUCUUAACAUACUUUCAAUUUGACCUUUUUUAUUCUUCACUUCCAUACUGCCAAUGUGACCAACAUCAUCCCAGUUCAGUGGUGCGCCUCAUUGUUGCCAUAGUGACCACUGGGUGGCUGAGCCCACCCCCCCCACCAUUAGCCCCUCCUACUAGUCCCCCGAGGUGGGCCCUCGCCAUCAGCACCAGGAAACACUCUCUUUGCCAAGGUGACUGCCCACAGAUGCUGUCUGGGCAGGUAUGGUCGCAUCACGCCCAGCUUGAAGAAGAUUCUUUAACAGACUAAAGUCAGCGCUUGUUUGCCUCCACUUCUCCCUGCAUGUCACCUUUCCCACUAGUAAAGGCAAGGCUGCUGAGGUAUUUGGGAGAUGAACUGACUUCCAGGUUAGGUUCAGCAUUCUGUAAAGACCGCCAGAGCACACAAAAUGCUAUCCAAUCCCACAUGCUAUCGUUACUAUUCAUAGUGUGUAUGUGUGUGUGUGUGUGUGUAUAUAUAUAUAUAUAUGUACAUAUCUAAACACACAUAUAUGUGUGAGUGUGUAUAUAUAUGUAUAUAUAUGUAUAUACAUAUAUAUUUGUGUACAUAUAUGUAUAUAUGUGUAUGUAUAUUAUAUGUAUUAUAUAUAUGUGCAUAUAUAUAUAAUAUAUGUAUUAUAUAUGUAUAUGUAAUAUAUGUAUAUUGUAUGUAUGUAUGUAUGUAGAUAUAUGUAGAUAUGUGUGUGUAUAUAUGAAGAUAUGUGUAUGUAUAUAAAUAUAUGUAGAUAUGUAUGUGUAUGUAUAUAUAUGUAGAUACAUUUAUCUACAUAUAUAUACACACAUAUCUACAUAUAUAUACACACACAAAUAUCUACAUAUAUGUAUAUACAUACACACACAAUCUACAUAUAUAUGUAGAUAUUCGUGUGUAUAUAUGUAGAUAUGUGUAUGUAUGUAAAUAUAUAUAGAUAUGUGUGUAUAUAUAUGUAGAUACAUUUAUCUACAUAUAUAUAUAUAUAUAUAUAUACAUAUCUACAUAUAUAUACACACACACAAAUAUCUACAUAUACGUGUGUAUAUAUACACAAAAAUCUACAUAUAUGUAUAUAUACACACACACAAUCUACAUAUAUAUAUCUAUAUAUAUAUAUAUAUAUAUAUGUGUCGAUAUAUAUGUAGAUAUAUGUAUAUGUAUGUAUAUAUGUGUGUAUAUGUAUAUAUAUAUGGAUAUAUAUUUAUACAUAUAUGUGUGAUAUAUAUUUUAUAUAUAUAUAUGUGUGUAUAUAUAUAUAUGGAUAUAUAUACAUAAUGUGUUAUAUAUAUUUUAUAUAUAUCUAUAUAUUUAUAUAUGUAUACAUAUAUAUACACAGACACACAUAUACAUAGAUACACACAUGUAUAUGUGUGUGUGUGUGUUAUAUAACAUUUAUUUUACAUACAUGUAUAUAUUUAUUCAUAUAUAUGUAUGUGUAUAUAUACAUAAAUAUAUGUGUGUUAUAUGAUAAAUAUUGUGUAUAUAUAUGUAUAUCUAUAUGCUUUAUAUAUAGAUGUAUGUAUAUAUAUAUAUAUGUAUAUAUGUAUAUAUAGAUAUGUGUUUGUAUUCAACACAUCAUGGGUCAGCCAAAAAGGGGAUGAGAUAAAUGUUCCUUGUGUGCUCGUAUUGAAACACACUCUGUGGUUUGCUGUACACUGGACAAAAAAAAAAAAAAACAACAACACAGAAAUGUAAUAAUCAUUUUUGCCCCACAUGAAUUUAAUCAAUAAUAAAUAUUUGAAAGUAAUAAACAUUUGAACACAUUAUAACUGAUCUCAUUUGUCAGUGACUUGUGGCCUGAUCAUUUUCAAACCUGUGUCUAUUUUUGGAAUAUGUGAAUAAUAAUAAAUAUGUGGGAGGAUA